AUGACACCUCUCAAUGCCCUGAUGGCCUGCCUCUCUCCGUCUUCUCUAUCGUUUCACCUCAUCAUUCAGACUGCUGAGAUUCACUAGAGAACAGAUCCGUUGCAAUCACAUUAUCGUUUCAUCUCAUCAUUCAGACUGCUGAGAUUCUCUAGAGAACAGAUCGCUUGGCUGCGCCGCGGCUGCCCCUCCAGGCCGCGUCCUCACCGCCUCGCGACUUCUCGAUCGGGGGGCACUUUGCUACGUUGUCCUGCCCCACAACUUCCCAAAACGAUCCGGUCCGUGCCGCCUCAUGAUUCUCCAGCGACCCCCCGGUCCCAAAUUGAUAAGGAGGUCUGAGGCGCGGGAAGGCCGAAGUCAUGCGGAUUACAUAGGUGCUGAGAGGCCAAACUUGGAGUGGUGAACUCCCAUUUGUGACAAACAAUUACAGGGCAAUCACCGGACUAAAUCAAGAUGGGGAAAAUGGGUUAAUGCCAUGAGCAAAUGGUGCAAUUACCAAGUACGCGCGCGCAUUUACCUCCGAAGCUUGACCCAUCUACCCCGGUAG